AGUGUUUCGGUUGUACAAAAUGUGGCACAAGUUACAGCGCAUUGCUAUUUUCUGUUUAGUUAUAGCUAGUGUAAAAGCUGAGGAUAAUGAUGCAGAUAAGCUUUUUCGGGAUAUGGAAGUGGUGCCGGAUAUAUUUGAGGAGUCGCCAAAAGAGUUGCUGAAGGUUACAUACGAAAAUGGUCUAGAUGUGGGCGGCGGCAGAGAAUUUACACCCACCGAAACGAAAGAUGAACCAAAAGUGGAUUGGACCGCUGAACCAGAUGCAUACUACACACUAAUAAUGAGCACUUUGGACUACCCUAGUCGUGAGAAUCCUGCACUACGUGAAUGGCUUCAUUGGUUAGUGGUGAACAUACCGGGCACAGAUAUUGCCAAGGGUGACGUACUGGAUCCCUAUGUUGGACCACUAACAGCCAAGUCAAGUGGAUUAGUGCGAGAUGUAUUCUUGGUCUACAAACAACCCGGAAAGCAAGCAUUCGAUGAACCUGUAAUCACCAAUACCAAUGUAACCGGCCACGAGAAAUUCUCUUCACCGAAACUGGCUAAGAAAUAUAACAUGGAAUUGGUGGCAGGGAAUAUAUUUCAAGCACGUUGGGAUGAAUAUGUACCGAUUAUACGUAGGCAAUUUGGUAUCUUAACGUGAGAACUGAUUUGAUAAGGAAUUAUUGGCCGUUUUUUUAAACUAAAAAAUGUACGCAACUUUUUAUAUAGGUACAUACAUACAUACUUAUCUUAUUAAGGUGAAGGGUUUAAAGUUUCUUAGGAAUUUCUUUUAGUAAAAUUUGUGGGUAUACAUUGUAAUUGUAAAUAAUAAAA